AUGCAGGCGCAACGACACCAAGGCCAUGACACUGCAAGUGGCGUGGGGCCCAAGCUUGUGAACCGGCUGGAAGCUAGUAAAUCCCCGUAUGUGAGGGCGCACAGGCAUAAUCCCGUAGCAUGGCAACUAUGGGAUGCCGAAAGUAUGGAGCUCGCUCGGCGACAUAACCGGCUGAUCUUCCUGAGCAUUGGGUAUUCGGCAUGCCACUGGUGUCAUGUUAUGGAGAAAGAGUCGUUCAUGUCCCAAGAAGUGGCUUCAAUUCUCAACGAAUCAUUUAUUCCGAUCAAAGUUGACCGAGAAGAGCGGCCUGAUGUCGACGACAUAUACAUGAACUAUGUGCAAGCAACCACAGGAUCCGGAGGCUGGCCGCUGAACGUUUUCCUAACACCCGAUCUGGAGCCUGUCUUUGGCGGCACGUACUGGCCCGGUCCGAACGCGGCAUCGUUGCUUGGCCCCGAAACUGUCAGCUUUAUUGAGAUUCUGGAGAAGCUGCGUGAUGUCUGGCAGACUCAGCGGCAACGCUGCCUCGAAAGCGCAAAAGAGAUCACAAAGCAGUUGAGGGAGUUCGCCGAAGAAGGCACACACACGUUUCAGGGUGAUCAAUCCGACGAAGACCUAGAUGUUGAACUCCUAGAGGAGGCGUACCAGCACUUUGCAUCCCGAUACGAUAUAAACAAUGGAGGAUUCUCAAGGGCCCCGAAAUUCCCCACGCCAGCCAAUUUGAGCUUCCUGCUCCGUCUCGGAAUCUACCCGAGCGCCGUGACUGAUAUUGUUGGGCAAGAGGAAUGCGAAAACGCGACGGCAAUGGCGGUCAGCACACUUAUCAGUAUGGCCCGCGGGGGUAUACGAGAUCACAUUGGCCAUGGGUUUGCGCGCUAUAGUGUGACAGCGGACUGGUCGCUGCCUCACUUCGAAAAGAUGUUAUAUGAUCAAGCCCAACUCUUGGAUGUCUACGCCGAUGCAUUCAAGAUAACCCACAAUCCCGAGUUUCUUGGUGCAGUAUACGAUCUGAUAACGUAUCUUACAUCCGCCCCAAUCCAGUCGACGACUGGCGGUUUCCACUCGUCCGAGGAUGCCGACAGUCUACCAACCCCAAAUGAUACAGAGAAGCGGGAGGGCGCUUUCUACGUCUGGACUCUGAAGGAGCUGACUCAGGUUCUGGGGCCACGAGAUGCCGGAGUUUGCGCUCGCCACUGGGGCGUUCUUUCUGAUGGGAACAUCGCACCUGAAAAUGAUCCGCAUGACGAGUUUAUGGACCAGAAUGUCCUUUCCAUUAAGGUCACACCGAGCAAGUUGGCUAAGGAGUUCGGUUUAGGAGAGGAUGAGGUAGUGCGAAUUAUCAAAUCAGGUAGGCAAAGGUUACGCGAGUAUAGGGAUAAAAAUCGCGUACGGCCAGACCUUGACGACAAAAUCAUUGUAGCGUGGAACGGAUUGGCGAUUGGCGCUUUGGCCAAGUGCAGUGUUUUGUUUGAAGAAAUCGAUAGUUCAAAAUCAGCCCAAUGCAGGGAGGCGGCGGCCAAGGCAAUCAACUUCAUCAAGGAGACUCUAUAUGACAAAGCCACAGGUCAGCUCUGGCGGAUUUACCGAGACGGAAGCAAAGGAACAACUCCAGGAUUCGCAGAAGACUAUGCUUUUCUGACUAGCGGUCUGCUGGAUAUGUACGAGGCGACAUUUGACGACAGCUACUUGCAGUUUGCAGAACAGCUACAACGCUAUCUCAAUGAGAAUUUCCUCGCAUAUGCAGGGUCGUCCCCAGCAGGCUACUACACCACUCCAUCAACGUCAGCUCCAGGCUCCCCCGCUACUCUGUUGCGGCUAAAGACCGGUACCGAAUCGGCCGUGCCAUCAGUCAAUGGAGUCAUCGCGCGAAAUCUCCUGCGCCUUUCAAGUAUCCUCGAAGAGAACAGCUAUCGUGUCCUCGCGCGGCAAACCUGCCAAUCCUUCGCGGUGGAAAUCCUCCAGCAUCCGUUCCUUUUCGUUGGGCUCCUAGACGUAAUCGUUGGAUUGAAUACAGGAACAAGGAACAUUACAGCCGUAGUCGCCGCGGAUUCAAGCCUAAGCACCUCAACCGAAGGAGGUACACCGACGUCGGCAUGGGAUGGCCUGGUUAAAAGAAUUCGCGCUGAAGCGGGCCCAACGUUAUCGACAUCUUCAAACACGGUUGCAGCUUUAGUGGAUGUCCGAAAUUCGUCACAGGGAGUAUCUACUGGAAAUAAGUCUUCCUGGCUUCGCAGACGAAAUCCGUUAUUCAAGGACCUGAAGGCUGGGGACAAGAACUAUUUGCUAAUCUGUGAGGAAGGGCGUUGUCGCACAGUUAAUUUAUGAUUGAGU